UUGCACAAUUUUGUUUUGCAUAUUCCUGCAACAGUAAAAACAAACUACAUAAGCAAUAGUUUGAACUUGGAUGUAAACAAAAACAGUGCGGGAUCGGUGAAGAUUUGUGUCUUAUUUUCACGAUUCCUCCGAGAUGGACGUUGGAGUGUCCAAGUCCCAUGUGUUUCUCAACUACAGCACCAGAGCCCUCUUCUCCCAGUGGAGUCUCCCACUGGGUGCACAGCGUGUCAUGGACGCAGUUAGGGUGGGUCACAUGAGCAGCCUGAGCUCGGGUAAGAUGGUGGCUCUGGCUGCGGGGCUCUCUGUCGGAGCCACAGUGGGCUACAUCGUCUACCGCCAUGUAAACAGCAGCAGCUGCCACAGUGAGGGGCCCGACACCGAGGUAUCCAAGAUGACACUUCCAGUAGAAGUUUAUCGGAACAUUUCCAGAUACCAAGCAAAGUUUUUGGAGAUGGUGACCCAUAAGUCCGGAGCUCAUGUGAGGGUUCUGUCAGACUCAGGGGAGACGGGAUGUAAGACAGCUGUGUGCUUCAUGCUGCAGGGCUCCAAAGAACAGGUCCUGCUGGCCCGCUGUGUCCUGGAGAACCUGGUCACUGAAUGUGAACCAGUGACCGAGACUGUUGAGGUUCCUCAGACAGCCUUUGGACGCAUCAUAGGCCGCGGAGGAGAGAGUUUGAAACUGAUCACCAGGACCACGGGGGUUAAGAUGACUUGUUCCAAAGAGAAGACACACGGCCCGUUGGCAAAGGGCCACAUGACGAUCACGGGGACCAGACAGGAACUGAAACAGGCCAAAGAGAUGAUUCUAGAAAAGGUCAAAGAGGACAUGAUUGUGAGGUUGAAGAUCUCACAAUCAUCUGCCCAGCGAAAGAAACGUGGCCAAACUGCUGUGAACCAGAAACCAGAGGCUCCAGAGACUGAAGCACCUGUGAGCUUGAACAACAACGGCCCCUACUCGCAAACAGAGAAAAAUGGACUCUUUCAUGCGAAUGGGACCGCCCGAGAUCGAGAAGAGAUUCUUGAAAAGAUGGAGGAGCUGCAGAUCACAGACACAGCGACUGAGCAGGAGGAGAGUGUGUCCAUAGAGUCUCCCUCUGAAGUUUCCAAGUUUGAGAUUCCCAGUCCGGACCUGAGCUUCCAGCCAGAUGAACACCUUGAGGUUUAUGUUUCUGCUUAUGAGAACCCGAACCACUUCUGGAUUCAGAUUCUCGGGGUUCGCUCCCUGCAGCUGGACAAACUGAUCAAGGAAAUGAACCGCUUCUACAGCAGCGGAAACCACACCGAGCAGAGGGUGGAGACUGUUGUUGUCGGGGACAUUGUGGCGGCUCCUUACAGAGAUCAUGUCACAUGGAACAGGGCGAGGGUGCUGGGAGUACUCAGCUCUGGCCUUGUGGACCUUUACUAUGUUGACUUUGGGGACAAUGGGGAGCUGCCCAGAGAGAGCCUCUGCAGGAUGAGGAGUGACUUCCUCAGCUUGCCUUUCCAAGCUAUUGAGUGCAACUUAGCAGGAGUGAGACCAGAAGCUGAGGUGUGGACUGAGGAAGCUUUGGAUGACUUUGAUCAGCUGACAUACUGUGCCUCCUGGAGACCCCUGCAGGCCAAACUGUGCAGCUACUCCCACUCUGACAUCUCGUCAUGGCCCAGCGUCAAGCUCUAUGACAGCAGUGAGGGCAAGACUGUAGAUAUCGGUGAGGAGCUCAUACGGCGGGGCCAUGCCGUCAGCUUCCAGGAAGUGGUGAAUGGGAGGACUGAGGGUGAAAACCUCGGCUGUCUGCAGAGGAUGUUGGACGACGUUAUCGGAGCGUCAUCGGAGCUCAGCCUCUCCUGUAUCAGCUUAUCAGAAGCUGCCUCGAUCUCAGGGAGUGUCGAUGAUGGCGCAGAAGACGAGCUGCUCUGAGACCAAAGACGUAAAUAAAUAUCAAGCACUGACCAUCCCACUCCUCGGCAUCAGUCCAAAUGAGACGAAGGGGGCCUUUUCCUUGUCUGACCCAAAACUCAACCACAUAGAUCCUCAUCGUGAAGCCGCACCGACUUGAAAAGCGGGCGCAAAGCUUCCAGCCAUAUUCACUUUAUUGUUUCGUCAGCACAAAAUGAAAUGUUACGUUUUGCCUUUUUGCUUUUCAGUUGGACCUCCUGCAGCUUUGUUCAUGUGUUUUAUUUUGUGUUCAAGAAAUGAAGAGAGGAACAAAAAAAACAAAA